AGGUUGCGUAUAAUCAGGGAAGAGCGUAGAACAUUUCGCGGAGGUUUAGUGCGAAAGGUGUGACGGGUGUGACGGUGAAUUAGAAUUUCUAGUAUCAGAUGCGUAUUUGGAAUUAAUAACAAUGUUUUCUAGUGGGCCAAAUUAUACAAAGCUGAAAACAAAUUUGCGCCUAGCCAUUAAUCGCUUGAAACUGUUGGAGAAAAAGAAAACAGAACUGGCUCAAAAGGCAAGGAAAGAGAUAGCUGACUACAUUUCAGCUGGCAAAUAUGAAAGAGCAAAAAUACGAGUUGAACAUAUAAUUAGGGAAGAUUAUAUGGUAGAAGCAAUGGAAGUUGUAGAAAUGUACUGUGACUUACUGUUGGCCAGAUUUGGUUUGAUUGAACAAAUGAAGACUUUGGAUGAAGGUCUUGCAGAAGCCAUAUCAAGUCUAAUGUGGGUGGCACCAAGGCUUCAAACAGAUGUUGCAGAACUGAAAGUUAUUGCAGAUCUCCUGAUGGCAAAGUAUGGGCGACAAUAUUCUGAUGCUUGCAGAGAAGAGGCUGUCACUUCAAUAUCAGAGAAGCUGAAACACAAGAUGAGUGUUCAGUCACCUCCAAAACUUCUUGUGGAGAAAUAUCUUAUUGAGAUAGCCAAGAAUUACAACAUUGAGUACGAACCAGAUCCACAAGUAAUGAAGGACGAUCCACAAACAAUGAAUGUGGAUUCUUUGUUAAUUGAUGUUAAUUCUGACAAAAAUAACCUUGAUGGAGGCAGUGUUCUGCGUCCUCAGCCACCAGGCUUUAUUGGCUACCCACAGCCUCCUAUGUUGCCACAACAGCCUUCUGAUUUCCAGCCCUUCAAUUACCCAAUUGAACAAAAGAUUCCAUCUUUAUCUGCUGGUGGACCUGUUGCACCUCCUCAGCUGCCAGCCCAAGCACCAAAGGCUCCGUUCGGUUUCAGUGUGCCUUUCUCAUAUAAUAUUCCUCCUGGAAAUGACAGUGUGGGAACUGGAUUCAAUGCAGCGGCAAAGCCUCUGAACACAAAUCUUCAGGAUACAUCUCCCCCCCCUCCGUACAGCAGCUUUCCUCCUGAUCUCCGUGAUAACAACAAGCAGAGUGAUGACAAACCAAAACCUCUACCAAGAUCAAAGCUGUCACCCAAUGGUGGUGGCCCUAAUCAACUGUCGAAGAAGGAUGGUGGAUUCUUUGACUUGCCUGAAUUACCGUCAGUUCCAACAGACAGUUUGCCUCCGCCAGAUGAAGCUCUUGAUCCAGGAAAUGCUGGAAAUGAUGAAAUUGAUUUUGAUGAUCUGACUAGGAGAUUUGAAGACCUAAAGAAGAAAAAGUAAUAUCAUUGUGAGUUUCUUAAACUUAAAUGUAUGUUUUUAUGCAAAUAAAUAAACUUGCAAGUAUUAGUUAAAUUGACCCGUUAAGUUUCCCCUAGUCACAGUUUCUUACUCUCUCCAUUCCAUAACAUUUUAUUCUUUUUUAUGCUAAUUUUUUACUUGUAAAUACUUAAGAAGACAAUGAUGUAAAUAAUUAAUCAGACAAUGUGUAACAUUUUCAGGACUAUGAGUAAUAAUUUAACCUUGCUGUGCAUACUUGGAUAUUUUUGCAAGGUGACAUUUGAAGUACAUAAGCUGGUUGUCAUAUAAGAGCAAUUUGUAUGACCUUGAUCUGCUACAGUAUUUAUGUUUUACUACAAGAAUUUCAGAAGCUGCACUUUUGGUUCAUAAUGGAGCUGAGUGCUAUAGGGUGUUAAUAUUUUACUUAUUAUUAGCUCAUAUUACUAACAGCAGGAAUUUGAUUGUACCAAAAUAAUAUUUAUUGUUUGAUUAUUCAUUUUUAAUGGCACUUUAUCAACUGCACUGGUUAUGUUGCUUGAUGGUAGGGUUGUUUGUGAUGUAUUGGAAAGUAAUGUCGAAGGAUGUGUCCAUGACCAGUUAUAAAAUAUCACUCCAGCAGUUACCUGGAAAGACUUAACAAAAACCAUGACUUACCUCAGCCAUGAUAGUUGGUCUCCAGAGUGCAUUUUUGAACAUGCAACCUGCUGGUUAUGUAGCAGGAAUACUGACCACUCUACCAUAAUGUUUUGUAAAAUAUGGUUUAUAGUUAAUCUAUUAAUCUUGAUCUAAGCUGUCAAGAGGUUUAGAAGCAGUGCCAGUAUGAGUGUAACAAGACAGUUGAAAUCAGGUUUUGAACCAAUGAACUGAUGUACCGUGUCUGUGUCUUUAAUUCUUGUGUUGUGCCGCACAUUAUUUUUUGGAAUAAUAUUUUCACUGUCUUACAUUUAGCAUCAGUAUCAGAAAUAAAAAACCAAUUCUUCACUCUACUGUGCACCAAUAUUAUGCAGAAUUUUGCUGUGGCAUUAGCAGCAAAUUGCUGAUUUUGAGAUGCUCAGAUCAAAAUUAGAGGGUCUGAAACGUCAAUUUUAUGUUAUAAAUUCAUGACUAUAAGUCUGAAAAGUAACACAGUACCUUACAUAUAUAGUAUAUAUAGUUUAUAUGUGACAAAACUGAGGACUCUUUGAGUAAUAACAUUAUUAUGGUACUAACUGCUUGUGCACAUUAAGUAACUACCACCAGAAUUCAUAUAUUGAGUCUUAAUUGUGCCUGUGGUCACAGAAGUAACUGGCAAUACAGAAAAGGUUAAAUCUAUGACCCUGAUUAGUAUUAUCUGCUUUUACUUCCAGGGAAAGAUCCUUUGGGACAAUUUAACAGGAGCCAGGUAGAUUUAAGGGCCAUUUAAGUGAAUUAAAAUGUGAAGAUACAUUCUACAAAUGAUCAUUUAUGUUAAUGAAGUUUGGAAAUGCUGUUUCUGAAGAGUUUUAAGGUAGUGUUUCUUGACCUUCUCAGGUCAUUAUACCUCUUGGUCUCAGGGUGAAGCCUCACAGACCUAUUUUCACUGGCAGGUUUCAUUCUAUACAAACUGUUUCUGUUCCAUGGACAGAAAAGGUUGUACAAAAGAAAGUUGUCACACAUAUAUUUUACCUACUUGAUCUGUGUUUGACAGUGUAUGAAAUAUAUUCUACAUAUUGCCUCAUAAGGUUUGAGACUCCCUGGUAGUUCAUUAGUUUCUGGUUCAGAACUGCUGAGUUAUGGAAUAUAACCUUAUCCUCCACUCUCCUUUACAAUACAGAAUUUGCUUUAUGUUACAUACUCUUCUUGAAAAUGCAUCACAUCCUGUUCCCUUUGUGUAUUCUGUUGACUUAUUUGUAGCAGACACUGCCUUUCACAAGUUCCCAUUAAAUGCUUAUUUUAACAUCAAAAUUUAAAUGAGAAAGUAGUAAUACAUAUAUAAAUGACAUAGUACUCUGGUGGUCAAAUAGCUUACCAAAUUAAAUUAUAAAUAAGUGGUCACAAUAUGGGGCUGUGAAAUUUGUUGUAUUUGAAGCAGUGUGUCAAAUUUUUUAGAAGUGAAGUUUCAAGAAGUAGUAAUGCGAAAUUUGACAGGAAAUGAAAGAGCAUAUGCUAAUCACAAUACAGAUCCUCAGAUUUCUGGCAAUGGAAAAUUCUAGACAUUUCAUCCACUCUGUAAACUCUUCAUGUAAAAAGUGACUAAUAUGCAUAGGUUGUUAAAAUAUUCUAAAUCUACUGUAUUUAAAGAGCACAGUUGUCAGUUUCUUUGGUAUAUAAUGUUCUGAUGAUAUUUUUUAGUCAUUAUUAAAAUCGUCCAAAAUCAUAGUUUAGUUUUUAAACCCAUUCAUGUAUUACAUUUCAAUUUGUAUAGAAUUAAUUUUGCUCAUACAUUCAGUUUCAAAACCCAGUAGACUCCUGAUUAAAUGGGGGAAGAUUAUCUGGAGCCUUUGUAAAAAUGGAGUUUUAUAUGCAUUUGAAUAUGUACUUGAAAACUUGAGAAGGCUUUGUUUGAUUUUUCUUUUUAAUGUGCUGAAAUGACAUAGGAGCUUUUCAGAAACCACGCUCGUGUUUCUAUCAAUGGUGUUCAAGUAAAAUGCGUUUACAUAUAAUCUUGUAAAAUUUACAAGUUAGCUAUAUAUUUCUUUUAUUGAUUAUCUGUGGUUCACAUUUAUCCAGGGAAAUUAAUUUUACACCCAUCUUUGAUAAUCAGGAGUUUACUUUAAGUUAAUAAAAAACUGACUGAAAAGAUGCUCAAGAAAAGUAUCUGAUAAAAGAGAGGUUAAUGUCAUUUAGUGCUAAUAUUUCACAUGUACUCUAGUUUUCAUAAAGCAAACUGAUAUUUUUUAUGGAUUGCAACUUGUAAAUAAAUUCAUGCAAGUGUUUGCUUGGUGCUAUAUAAGAAAUGUGUCAUACCAUGUAAUAACUUGAUUAGAACAUAGUAAAGUGAGAAACAAAUUAAUUUUAAAGUAUACCUGAUGAUUUUCAAAAUAUAUGUUAAGAUAAAGCAAUGAACUCAA